AUGGCAGACAAACCGCAUGUUACUAGAUGGUGCGAGCAACCACUAAUCCAUCCAGCACCCAGACACAUAUUACCCCGCGCUAUGUUCAACUCGAUGGAAGCGCAAGCAGAGAAACAAGCAUCUGUAGACUUGUUUAUGGAGACGCAACAUCAGCUGGAAGCGCAGCCAGAUGGCGGAAUUGUGAGUAAAGCCAAUGUGCGCAAAGACAGUGGUACUUGUCAUGGGCCGGACUAUUUGAGGAGGAAGACCCCCUUUCCAGGUGACGAUGAUGAUGCAGUACUAAAGAUGCCCAAAGGUCUGAAAGAUUGGAAGGAGUGUGGAGUCAUGUAA